AUGGGCCAAGGACAGAGAGCACUGGGCAGAGGUGCAGGGUCGAUUACGGUGAGGCAGCCUAUUUUGGUCUCCGCUACUCGUCGUCGUGAGGACAGAGAUGCUCCAGAUGUCAUUACAGUUUCUGCUGAGGGGAUACGAGUCGAUCUUCGUAAGAUUGAGGCGGUGUUGGAUUGGAAAAGGCCGAAGAAUGUGUCUGACAUCCGUAGCUUUCUGGGGCUGGUAGGAUAUUAUGGACGUUUUGUAGAAGGGUUCUCCUUGAUCGCAGCUCCAUUGACUAAGCUUCUGCAUAAAGGAGUUCCUUUCGAUUAG